UUUAGUAUAAAAAUUGAACAUAAAUUAAUAUGAAUAAAAUCACCACUAUAAUCACGACACAAAAGAUUGAGAUCACAUUUUUAUAAACAAUCUCUAUUUUAAUCUUUUUUUUUAUUAUAGUUUGUAGGGACAAAAGUAAAUUUUACAUUUUAAUAAACCUACACUAGGCCCUACCUCUUAUAAAAGACUUAUUCAAGAUGUCGGACACGCUUGACGCUCCAUAUAUCGAUCUACAUCCAUGCACCUUUAUGUGGGGGUUGCUUACAAGUUACAACAAAGGCUGGUUUCCUUUUUGAGAAGACCGGUGGUGGAGCAACGGGGUGGUAUUCCGGUCAACAUAAUGGAGCAUCAACACCAUGCACAGAGAGGUAACAAACAUAGGAAUGGGACCGAAAAACCAGAACAACAAAGUGAUGGCAAAAUAAAGAGACCUAAGUCCGAGCGACCAAAACUCUCCUCCUCUUAUGACGGCCGUCUCCACGUAGCUGAUCGGCAUAUCGGUGUCCGGCAUGCUUAUCAGAUAGUUGGCAUGCAGGAAGUUCCUUGACGCUUGAACGAAGCACGAAAAUCCGAGCAAGAAACAUACAAGGAGGCUUAUGUAUUUCACUCCCAUGGUUUCUGGCCUCGUGUCACCGUAGAUUAGGUCACUGCUGAAGAUGGUGCUGGAAUUGUUGCUGGCCAUCCAUGUCCCGAUCAGCGAGCUUAACGUUAGGGAAACGGUUGCGAGAAAAGUCGCUCCGGUGUUGUUCGAGGAUAAAACCUCGAGAGCGGUGGAGACGACGGUGGCGCUAUUGCUGCUCUUAUCGGACGACGAUGAUGAUGAGGAUGACGAUUGCAUGAUCUUUUCAACCCAUGCUCUCUUGUCGUUGUUUUCAAAGCCAAUGACUGUGGUGUGAGGGGUGUAAAGGUAUCUAUAGAGCAAAAAGAGAUGAUAAGCAAACAUGAAGAGGAGGCCUGCCGGGACUAGCCACAAGUCAAUGUAUUUCUUUUCUAAUAAUAGGAACACCAUUACUGUUUGUUAUUCCAAUGUUUUUUUUUUAUUAUUCUUAUUAGAAUCUUCAUGGCUAGCUUUAAUUUAAAGGAACCAAAUUUGUUAGAAGCAAGCUAAGACUAGCUUGGCGUGAAUGGCUUGUCAAGUCCACGUACCACACUUAAUUAUUAGGCCGGCCUCUGGGUUGCUUUGAGCCGUUGAAUAUACAUACAUUCAAACGUACA